CUAAGGGUUAAUGAAGACAAACCGUUCGUCAGCACAUGCUGCUGCAUUACUGGUUGUGUCUGCAAACCUAGUGAGCUGCCUCCCUAGGCAGAAUUUUUGCAUCAUAAGGGUGUUCCGAGGCAGCUGCCCAAAAUAGGGAUAAGCUCAUGGUAGAUCGUUCAUUAGUAGGCAUGACCGAGGCAGAUAUUACGAUGUUUUUGCCAGGGACCGACGCAUUCAGCUUUCCAGAUCACAGGAAGCUAACACGCUUAUACUGCAUGAACGGUGGAUAUCACCUUCAGAUCCUGUCGGACGGGACAGUGACUGGGACACGAGAUGAAGAUAACUACAGCAUACUGAGAAUAAAAGCUACAAGUCCAGGAGUGGUGGUCAUUGAAGGAACAGAAGCAGGACAUUACCUAUCUAUGAAUGUAGAUGGCAAGCUGUAUGCUUCACCAUUAGUUACAGAUGAAAGUUAUUUUCUGGAGAAGAUGGAGGAGAACCACUACAACACAUAUCAGUCUCAAAAGCAUGGUGAAAACUGGUACGUCGGAAUCAAAAAAAAUGGGAAAAUGAAACAUGGCCAAAGAACACGCAUUGGACAAAAGGCUAUUUUCUUUCUCCCUCGACAGGUGGACCAGGAAAAGAACUAAGGCCUGAAAACUGCUAGUUACACAAAUGUGUAUUCAUUAAAAUUAUUUAAUCCCAUAGAAUAACAGUAAUUCACAUCACUGAGACAAACAACACAUGACCUUUAUCUAACUUGCUGAGACAGAUAUCUACUCUUAUAUCUCUGUAUCUAUAUAGAAAAUGUAAUAUAUAUAUAUAUAUAUAUACGUGUGUGUGUGUAUAUAUUCAUACAGUGUAUAAAACUAUACAUAUAAAUAAUAUAAAAUUAUAUAUAUAAAACUUCAUUUGAAUAAAAACACACUAAAAUAAGUUUAUUAACUCAUGCAUAUUUAAGUAGUGAGCUUUGACCUGGCUAAAUUCAAAAGUCACUAACAAAAAUAGAAAUUAUAAUACACUGCUGUACACUUUCUAUUGAUUUAAGAUAAAUAUGUUCUUCUAGUUUUUACCUCAAUUUUGCAAGGGCAUUUAAUGUUUUAUGUUCUUUGUAUUAUAAUUUGUGUCUUAUUAUACCUGUUCUGUAUUUCUUUUCUCAAACAAUAUACAGUAGACAAAUCAUCUGCCUUGUAAAUGUACCAUUCUGGAUUGCUUGUAACAUUGUAAAACUGUUCAAUGUAUUCAACUGAUCUGUGAUUUGACCUUUGUGCGGAGAAAAAAAAAAGAGAUUAUAUAUAAAAAAAUAUAUAUUAUCUCCAAUAAAAAGUGUAACUGAAAGACAUAUUUUAAAGUGAAUACAUUUGCCAGUCCCGCUGCAGCCAUUACAAUUAAAUUAUAUUGCAAAAUAACAAAUCAAUGGAUUAUACAGUAGAUAUUAACUGUUUAAUCAAUUAAUGUGCAAAUAAUGGAUUGUGUGCUAUUGUUAGUUCACAAUCCCUUCUAAAAAGAGGCAAUGUUAUUUUUAAUACAAUAUAUAUAUAUAAACAUACAAAGUAAACUGUUUGUAGUUGUCAUACAAGUUACAUUUAUUAAAAGUUACUUGACAAGUGUAAAACAUAUAAAUCACAAACAACACAUUGUGAAGCACUAUCUCAUUCUGAAGUCUUCAAUAAAAUAAAAAAAAUCAAUCUAAUGCUACAUUUGGCAUCAUAAAAUGUUCUAUUACGCAAACCAGAAACUUGAUGCUUAGCAUAAUGUUUGCAAUUAAUCUAGGCAUACCUUUUAAGUAACUAAUAUUUUGGUCCUCUUUAUGACAGCAAUUCGAAACAGGCUUAAGUAUAAUUGAAUAAACUUUAAAAGAAC